GUCCACUGGAAAACGACUGACACGAUCGAAAGAGCUCUUGUAUUUUCCAUAUACUGAAUGACUCAUCGAGCUGCCUAUGGAUGUUUGUUCGUUGAUUGACUUAAUAUAAUCGGGACUAGGCUAUAUCUUUCUUAAAUUCCGUACAGCAUUCUCUAAAUUUCAAACGUGGAAGUGUUGUACGAGAGGGAUUUGAACCGUAGCCCAAUCUUACUUUGACCUGAUGGCUGUCAACCCCGUGUCAGCAUGGAUCCCGUUGUAGGCUAAACGUAGCCGCAUGGGUAGCGCGCAUUCCAACCCGACUAAAUAUAGUACUAUUUGAAAGGGCUGCAGGAGGGCAAGGACACGGGAAGAGAGCACAUUUUUGGACAUAUACCCGUCGUGCAUAAAACAACACAUAGCCAUUUUAAAAAGUAGUAAAUCACUUCUUUUUUUUUUACAAUAAGGCACAGUGGGAUCAAUCCAACAUGCCCGCACUUCCGAGUUCUAGGUCCAGGACACGGGAUCGCAACAACGUCCUAAGCAGACCCGAGUUCAUGUCCCUGAACCAACCACUUCGAAACAGCAACUCGGAGAGUAGGGGCACCGCGAGGCGACAGGGCCAACCCAAACACCAAGCAAGCCAACCUUGCGACCCGCAGGAACCUACCGAGAGUACCAACAGGGAUAGGAAAGAGCCCGCGAAAUUGCCUGAGGAGGACUGUAUCCAACUGAACCCUUCCUUCAAGGGGAUAGCGAUGAGCUCCCUCCUCGCCAUUGACAUUUGUCUGUCCAAGCGCUUAGGGGUCUGCGCCUACACGUCGUCGUCCUGGGGCAGCGUUCGUUCCAUGGUCACCUUACUCGCUCUUACGGGGCACGGCAUCACGUGGAUCUUCGGCACUAUCGUGUGUCUGACCAGGAGUAACACGUUGGCGGGACAAGAGGUCUUGGUGAAUCUGUUACUUGCCCUCCUACUUGACAUCAUGACAGUGGCUGGGGUCCAAAAGCUGAUCAAACGUAAAGGACCCUGGGAGAUGAGUCCUGGAUUCCUGGACUACUGUGCCAUGGAUGUGUACUCCUUCCCAGCGGCCCAUGCCAGCCGCGCCGCCAUGGUCUCUAAGUUCCUGCUGUCUCACCUGGUCCUGGCCGUCCCACUCCGCAUCCUGCUGGUGCUCUGGGCCUUCCUGGUGGGCAUGUCCCGGGUGCUGCUGGGUAGGCACCACCUGACUGACAUGGCGUGCGGCUUUGCCCUGGGCCUGCUGCACUUCAGCCUGGUGGAGACGGUGUGGCUGUCGUCUAGCGCCUGUCAGACUCUAAUCUCUAUAGGGACCCUCAGCUGGAGCUCAUUCUACUGAGUGCUGUUUUAUCAAGGCUCUUAAGGCCUGGCUUCACAAAGCCUUGCUAGUAGAGUGAGGAGUUUUUCCUGACGUGAUUCGGACCAGAGGUUUCUGGUCCUCAUCUGGUGAUCAGGCUGUGUUAUACAUAUAAAGGCUUUAUCUGGAAUGAUAAUAACAGCCAUAAAUGCAAUGACCUGGUAUUUGGGUUAAAGGUUAUUUUAUAGAUGCGCGCGGGAGUCUGUAGCUCCACCUACACAAAGAAAUAAAAUGUGGUAGUGUGUGUUUAUAUUUCCUUUUCAAAUGCUUGUAUAAUACCGCUACCACUGUUUCUAUUUCUCGCUUGCGAGCACUCACUCAAGUACAUGCAAUCUUAUUGGAUCUCACUGAUGACAGUUUACUCUCUGCCUGUUCCUCUACUACACACCCUGGGCCACAUCCUCUUUCGCUUCUGCUACCUUUCCUUCCUUCCUCCUGUUUUUCAAACGUAGCCUAUUUUCUCCUUUGAAAUGUUUUUACUGGUAUUUCAAGAAAAUAUUGGCCAGUGUUUUGAAGGACUCCACACUUGAAUUGCUCCAUGGAAGCUCCUUUAUUUCCUUUUGAAUAAUGAUAUUUUCAAGCAAAAGCAGUUUAAUUCUAAUUGUGUAUGUGUGCUCCACAUUAUUUGCCUUCUCUGCUGCAAGUCAAGCACUAAUCAAACAGAUGGACACGGUUGGUUUGUUAAUGGUGCUGAUUUCAUGCCUGAGUGACUGAGCAACAUCUGUGUGAAGGUACCUCCACCAGGCUUGGGCUUACCACUGUGUUUGUGUGUGUGUGUGUGUGUGUGAGUUUUUGUGUGUGUGGAAGGUGUGUGGGUAUGUGCAGAUGAUGUAUGUGUGUGUUUGUACAUGCAUGCAUGUAGCAUUUCUAAUGUGCGUGCCUUUACGAGUUAUGUGAUGUUUUUGGAGGGUUCUAGUUACAGAGUGAACAUGUCUGGGUAAAGUCAUGACUUUUCAAUAUCCAGCGUGUGGAAAUUCAGAUUUUUUUUGGUGAUAUGAAGUAUUUAAACUUAAGCCUUUUGCUGCAAAAUAAUGAUAUUUAAUUUAGUUGGACCUGAAUGUAUAUAAUAUUGCAGUUGCGUGCAAGUCUGCAUGUUUUUUAUAGUACAAGGUGGACAAGAAAGUCAUCUUUACAUGCAGUGUUUAUCCAGUCUAAUUUGCUCAAUUAAUAAGAUAAAUUAAUAGGUUUUUAGGUGCCAAGCAUUAUGUCAAUAUUUUCUUCUUGUAUAUGCAUGCUAAUAAAUACACUAUUUGCAGUUAAUUCCUUGUUAUCAUAUAUGUUUGAGCCUAUGUUUGUACAUGGUAAGUAUCCAUAUAUAUGCAUAACCAAUCAUUUGGAUUGGGUCAAACAUCACAGGGUCACUACAGGUCAUUGGUACAGCCAUGGCAAUUUAACCUGUUAUCUCCACCCAUAGCUGUUGAAUUCUACGUUACGUUUGAGUUAUUUAAAGCAUAAAAUCAGAAACAACAAAAAUCUAAAAGUUGAAUGAAGUUAUUCUAGCAGGAUUAAGCCCCACUGUGUGUGUGCUUGCGUGUGUGUACUAAAACCAUGUUUUCAAAUUUC